AUGUCGACGCUGUACGAGCUUUCGACCUUCAAUCCAAUCAUCGCAACCGUUCUCAAGAUGGAGGCGAAUUCGCCUCCAGGCAACUGGCCCGUCGAAGGCGUGCUGCCGCCCGCUUACCCGACCGUGACACACGAAAUGCGCCAUGCUGCGUGCGCGCUGCUGCUCGACCUUGUCUACCCAAGCAAGACCGCCAUCUCCUUUGAAGAGCAGGCACGCCAAGCGAUGCCUGGCCGCGGCGUUGUUAACGGUCACAUACUGGACCUGUCCAACGGCUUCGUUUCGUCGUCCGCCUUGGCUUUGCCGGGUGCUAUCGCAGCUUCAGAACUCAAGCAGCAUGUCGAAACACUCCUCGCAAACGACGCCUCGGUCCGCGAGAUCAGCACGCUGGACCUUUCGGGCAACGAGUUGCGGAACUCAGACAUGCAGUAUCUUGCCCAAGUAGUCCAAAUUCUCCCGUCAUGCAAGGCAGUCAAGCUGCGCCGCAAUCGGUUUGGCUAUGGCAUGCCGGACGCCAGCCUGCUUGCCGAGCUGCGCAAGAUCGUCGAGCAGAAGUCUGUCUUGUUUGUAGAUGUCGCCGGCGAAAUGUUUACAGGCAGUGACUGGGCUCGCUUGUUCAGCGACUGGACCAAGGACCUUUGGGAAAAGCUUGUGUUUCUCCCGUUGGUUUGGCUGAGGGAUCACAACUGGAGCAAUCCCGACAUUUGCGGGUCGUUUGAGACUGCUUCUCGCGACUGUCAUGAGAGGUACUACCGCAGCAAGGAACACGAGCCAAACUUUUAA